AACAGAUUCCGCGAGAAACCCGAACAGAACGAUCCCACUACAGCCAGAAAUCUACCGACAGACAGCGAUCCCACAGCCAGAGAUCCACGGACAGAGAGCGAUCCCACUACAGCCAGAGAUCCACCGACAGACAGCGAUCCCACAGCCAGAGAUCCACCGACAGAGAGCGAUCCCACAGCCAGCCGGCAAUCCACCAGGAGGGAUCCUAUUGUCGGAGAUCCACCGACAGCGAUCUAGCCAGAAAGAGAUCUGUACGAGCUCCCUUACAACCGGGGAUCCACCAAGAGAUUCAUCGAGAGAUACCUAUCCCCACAAUGAUCCAUUGAGAGUGAUCCAGAUGCAGUUGAAUCUCGGGCCAUUGACCCAGUCAGCAGUUUGCAGUUACCCCAGUUGUGGAGGUUACAUUGGUGUUUCUAUACAAACCCUGGGAAAUUCAGAGAUGGUUCGGAUAAGCAACCUCAGUUACCCACAGUGGGGACACAGCAGUAAGAAGAUGCCAGCCAUGCAGAGAGAGACCUCCUUCCCUGAGGACCCCCUGCCCCUGAGAAUGGAAGCUACCUCAGUUCAUCUGCUCAUUCUCUCUGCAGCCACUGGGGAGGUGGCUCAGGGAGAUCAGAGGGGCAUGGAGUCUCUCUGUCAGAAAGACCCAGCUCCCACUUGUACAAAUCCAUACAUACAGUCGAUUAUUGUACCACUGGUGGAGCAGACUAGUCAGUCAGUGGAGGAGGAUGAGGAUGAUUGGCUUGCUGACUCAGAAGAUGAUGCCCUGUCUAGGGAGUGGUCCAUCGAUGGUGAAGAUGAUUCAUUUGAUUACGAACAAGAAGCUGAUGAAAGUGAAGCCAAUGAGCUUUGGAAUUCCUUUUUUGACCCUGACCCUUAUAAUCCUAUGAACUUUUCGGCCUUGACUUGGCAGCAGAGCAGAGAAACCAAUAAACGGAAUAACUAUGACUCAAAGCCCUGUGAUACACAAGAGGCUGAGAAUGAUGUAGAGGACUCAUUUGAUCAAAACACUGAUCUCUUUAAGUCACAGAGUUCCUCCGUCUGUGCUGCUAAAAACCGAUCCACUGAUAACAACAGCAGAAAGGACAGAGACCAAAGUACUGAGCUAUCUGAGGAGGGGAAUGUACAAUGUCCUGGUCCAAAACUACUCCCACUCAACAGUCAAGGCUGUUCCACAACAACUGUGAAACCAAAAACAUCCAAGUCCGAUGGAAAAACUGUCAAAAAGGUUCGAUUCUCUCCUGUGGUUACAGUGCAUCCAAUGAUUGUGUGGGAUUUCGCCUCUAGAGCUGCUCGAAAGGGUCCAUGGGAACAGUACGCACGAGACCGCAGUAGAUUCCAGCGUAGGAUUGCCGAAGCAGAGGCAGUGAUCAGCCCCUGUUUGAAUCAGGACCACAGGAACGCUAUGUGGAAUAAACUAGCUGGAAUUUAAACAUUCCGGUGUAAACGGGAAGAAAGUUGCAAAGUCAAACACUGACAAAUGUUGUCUUCCCAUCUGAGAUACCAGUCAAUGGAAAUCUGUUACUUCAUAAAAAUAUAAUUGUUAUGGAGCCUUAGUAAUUUAUAGCUUGUGAAAACUCUGCCAAUGCAAAAUUUUUAAAUUAUGGCUUUGUUGUACAGUCAGUAUUUUAUGAAUUCGUAUGCACUGGGCAGCUGUCACUGGAUGAAGAAUAAGUUAUUAUAUAUUAUUUAAUUUUAUGCUUUUUUUUCAAAAAUAAAUUUUUUUGUCUUUUUAAUAACUGA